ACUCUUAUUGUAAUCAGUUUAAUACAAAUUUAAACAAAUACAAAUAUAUCAUUUGUAGAUUUCGAAAAAAAAUUCUUAAAUAUAAGAUGUUUUGAAAUCAUCUGUAAAAGAAGGAAUUUUCAUUAUAUUUGUGAAAAAAAGCACUAUGUCCGUGAAAAACAUUGAAUCUCUUUGUUCUCAAAGAAUUGGAUACAACAAAAAGAUUGUUCAAACGCAAAUGACUAAUUUAGUACCGGAAGGAGAAAAUUAUGGAGGAGAACUAAUAAAAUUAAAUCUGGUGGUCCAAGAUGAAGACAACAAUGAAAGGGAAGAAAUACAUGUAGUGGUGAAAAAAAUUCCUCCUUCGGAAAUAUUUCAGAAGAUCUUUAAUAUCCAACAUACUUUUAAAGCUGAAAUUAAUUUUUACGAGAAACUAGUACCGCAUUUUCAAAAUUUCCAACGAGAAAAUAAUGUAGAGGAUGUUCUGGAUUGUUUUGCAAAGUUUUACGGCAGCAGAUUGAAUUUGAAUGGAUCAGAGAAAGUUGAUGAAGAUGCUGCUAUAGUUUUUGAAAAUUUAAGUGAUGCAGGUUUCAGAAAUAUCGACAGGCUUAUUGGUUUUAAUUUUGAAGAAACCCAACUACUGUUAAAAUAUUUGGCACUGCUUCAUGCUGUACCAUUAGCGAUUAAGGUUAGAAAUCCUGAAUUCUUUCAGCAGGAAAUCAGGCCAUAUUUAAAUAACGCUCUGGAAAAGUAUAGCGAGUUUAGCGAGGCUCUUCCUUUAAUCGAAGCAAUUCUUAAUGAAUCUGAGAAAUGUGCACCUCUGGUGCCAAGGGUUCAAAAAAUCUGGAAAAAGCUUUAUUUCGAAGAAAUUGAACCCGAAGUAAAUGAGCCGUUCGCUACAUUCAGUCAUAGCGAUCUCUGGGUUAAUAAUAUUAUGGUGAAAUAUGCCGACUCUACACCAACUGAAAUAAAAUUUGUAGAUUUUCAGGUUUAUGAAUACUACUCACCAGUAAUAGACUUUAUAUAUUUCAUGUUUACGAGCGUCCAAAAUAAGGUACUAAAAGAAAAUCUCGAUCAUUUUGUAAAAUUCUAUCAUAGCAGCCUUUUACAAAAUUUAAAAGAUCUAGGAUGCGAUAUUGAGCCAUUUAGUUAUGAUGAAUUUUUAAAAGAAUUUAAAGAAUAUGCAUAUAAGCCGCUGGUUUGGAUAUUAACUUUUAUCCCGUUUGUGGUUUUUGGACCAAAAGGUGAUUCUACGGAACCUGGUUUGGAGGAUAUUAAAUUCAAUGAUAGUUUAAGUGUAGAAGAUGCCAGAAAGCGAUUGCCCCAGGUAGUUAAAGAAAAAAUACACAUUAUUGUUGAAUAUUCCGCAAAAAAUAACUGGAUUUAAAUUGUUAUAUUUUGUAAAGCUAUUAUUAUAUAAUAUAUUUUCUUAAACAUAA